AUGGGUUUUGAAAGUAAUCAUGAUUUGAAAAGAUGGGUUUCUGAUAAACUCAUGUCUUUAUUAGGAUAUUCGCAUGCCAAUGAUGUUUCCUAUGUAAUUGGGCUGUCUAAACAAGUAAAUUCACCUGCUGACUUGCUUACUAAGUUACAGGAUUUUGGGGUUUCUUGUUCAACUCAAGCAAUUUCUUUUGCUGAAGAAUUGUUUGUUAGAGUUUUGCGGAAAGAUAAAGAUUGUGGUCUUGGUGGUGGUGGUGGAGGAUCGAGUGUUUAUCAAGACCAAGAAAAGCAAGCUGCUUUGAUUGCCAGGAAGCAGAGGACUUAUUCCUUGAUUUUGGAUGAUGAUCAUGAUCAAGAGGAAGUUGAAGAGAGACCAGUUAAGAGGCGGGUUUUUCCAGAUGAUCAUGAUUGUGAUCAUGAUGCUAUUAAGUUUAAGAAAUGGAAAAAAAUGUGUAAUAGAAGUGAGAAGGAGCCUCUACAGCAAAAUGUAAGAAAGCAUGAUGCUCCAUGCAAACAGAAGUCAAAGGAGCCGAAGUUGAACACAAAGGUGGAAGAAACAGUAAACCUGAGAUCUGAUGCUUUGGGGGGAAAUGAUGUAGACGCUUUGAGGGCAUUUUCUCGACAGAAGUAUGUAAAGAAAAGGGAACAAAAGAAAUUGGAAGAAAUCAGAGAAGAUAGAGAGGAUGAACAGUAUCUGUUUGAUGAUGUGAAGUUUACUGAAGCUGAAUAUAGUAAGUUCAGAUACAAGAAGGAAAUGUAUGAGCUUGUGAAGAAGAAGAGGUCAGAAGGGGCUGAUGACACUGAGUACAGGAUGCCAGAAGCAUAUGAUCAGGAAGGGUGUGUUGAUCAGGAGAAGAGAUUUUCUGUAGCUUUGCAGCGUGGCAGGGACCCUAUUGCUGGUGAUCAAGUGAAGCCAUUUGCAGAACAAGAGGCUUGGGAAGAUUGUCAAAUUCAAAAAGCAACGUUGAAUUUCCAUUCAAGAAACCAAAAGAAAACAUCUGAUGACUACCAGUUUGUGUUUGAAGACCAGGUUGAGCUUAUCAAGAUGGACAGUAUUAGUGACAAUUUUGAUGAUAAGCUGCAGAGCAAGUCCCUGCAUACCUGCUCUAGGAAAAGAUCAGCUGUAGCUUUGCCUACUAUUGCUGUUGGAACAGCAGCAAAUACUGUCUCUGAAAGAAAAACUAUUUCUUUUGUCCUUCAUGAAUGCUACCCGAAAACAUUCUAA